CUAAACGAGGGUUGCUGCUGCUGCUGCUGCUGGUGUAUAUUUACACUUUCUCAAGCUUUACUCUGUCUGACUCAUUCGUGAGGGAUCAUCGCCAGGGAGCACUAGGUGGUUGUGGUACAUAUCAUCCCUGCUCCCUUGGAUAUAUAAAACGAUAUAGUGUAUACGUUGGGAGUUAUAUACUUAUACAUUUCCUAGCUGUGUCGUCGGAAAUAAACAAUAUAUCGUUGUCGCUCACUUGGCUGCUGGUCUAUCAAGUAAUUGUUUGUUGUGUAUUAAUUAAUUGUUAUACAUAGAAGACGGUAUAUCUAUUUUGUGUGUUUAAACAUAUAUGUACAAAGACAUGGCAGCCAUGAGGAGUAAGAAGCUUGAGCCAGUAGUGACGAGUUGCAGAAAUCAGAGAUGUCAAAGCAAUAAUCUGCGCCAGUGGGACAGAAGCCAUCAAAGGUACAGGACGUCGGAGCCUCUGGAGCACCGUUUGUCAGGAGGAGGGGAGGCCGGGAGCGGUCGAAUCCGUACCACCAGCUGUCGAUCCCGCGUGCGCCGCGUCAACACGGCCUUCGGCGCUCUGAGGACUCUGCUGCCCACUCGGCCGGCCGACCGCAAGCUCUCCAAGAUCGAGACCCUCAAGCUCGCGGGUAGUUACAUCAACCAUCUCCUGGCCAUUUUGGUCGUUGGUGCCAGCGACAGGCCGUGCUCGCGCUUGUUACCACCGCCGAUGCAACGGGACGAGGACAAACUCCAGGAGGACGCCAAGGACAACGACUCGUGCGCCUUUUGUACCGUUGACCGCUUGGAACAAGACGUCUGUAAUUUGACUCUGGAUUCGCUCGUGUUGGCGGAUUUCAACGAAUCAUCAGACAAGUCGAUACCGCCUGCAGUUUGAAAGACAAUUAACCGACGCGCAUCGGGCGUUUGUUGAUCGAAAAACGUCAUUUUACAUUGUAAAUAUUAACACAAACUCAUGAAGAUGAUAUGUCGUAUGUGCACAACUAUUGAUUAAUUUUUGUUAAGCGGUGGAUUUAUAAUAUUACUAUUAUUAUUAUUAUUAUUAUUUCUCAAACAGUAUUAGUAAUUUAUAUACGUAACGCAAUCGAAUAUUUAAAAAUAUAUGAUUAGGUA